AUGGAUCUAUUAUCAUCCCUAUUCGAUCGGCUAGGGCCAGAAAUAUUAGACCCUGAAGAAGAUAUCCCGUCUCAAAACCUAGGGUUUGUGGAUCCCCGGUCAACCACGUUGAAUCUGGAUAUUGCUGGCAAAGACUACGUGAUUCAUCAAUCUCCAACCAUAUUAAACCGCCCAGGAAGUACCACGGGUGCUGUCGUGUGGAAAAUUACGCCGCUCGUAGCUGAUUGGUUGGCAUCCUCCGACAAUCCUCUCUGGAAGUCUGCUGUCCUAUCCUCCUCCUCCAGCGUGUUGGAACUAGGAUGUGGAAUCUCCGGCCUCGUUGGAUUGAUGCUUGCGCCCCUAGUUGCGAGAUACACUCUAACAGACCAGUCCUAUGUCGCAAAACUCGUGGAGAAGAACAUUACUGAAAAUACUCCCUCGGGGAAUUCUAAGCCACCAGGAACGAAUUCUCAAAGACGCAAAGGAAAGCCAUCGCUUGCUCGUUCCAAACCUGACUUACAAUUCCUUCCCCUUGACUGGGAACUAGAUGAGGUAACACCAUCGCUUACGAGGAAUGAUAAUGUUAAGAGCUUCGAUGUCGUCAUUGCCUGUGAUUGUAUCUACAAUGAUACCCUAAUUCAGCCUCUAGUUCAGACUUGUGCUGACGCAUGCAAGUUAAGGUCGACAAAUGAAGUUGUUGCUGACAAACCAACUGUCUGUUUAGUUGCGCAACAGCUCAGAGAUCCGGAGAUUUUCGAAGCCUGGAUUAAAGAGUUCAGUAGGCAUUUUCACGUAUGGCGUGUACCGGAUAACGCUUUAUCUCCAGGACUCCGAUCGAACGUUGGCUUUGUAGUGCACUUGGGUAUCUUGCAGGAUGCCGAAGCGACGCGCAAUCGAUCAUAA